CGCGCAGGCGCCGCGGGCCGUGCGGGACAUGGCGGGGCCCGCGUACCCCGCCUGGGUCACCCGCUGGGUGAGCGGCCAGUGGCGCCAGAGGAAGCGGCCCCCGACACUUCGCCCGCCCCGCCCGCUGGCGCUCGCCGACAAGGUGGCGAACCGCAGGGAGCAGGGGGGAGAGGCGACGUGCAUUACAGAGAUGUCAGUAAUGAUGGCCUGCUGGAAACAGAAUGACUUCAACGACGCCGCUUGUGCCGAGGAGAUCCGGGUGUUCUAUGACUGUGUGGCAAAAGCAGAAAAACAGCGCAGGAGUCAAAACGAGGACGCUCUGUCAUCCAGGGGAAACUUACCUUCAAGCAAAGUGAACAAGCUCCUGAGGAGGUUUCCUCAGAUCAGACAUUAUACAUAAUGUGCUUUACUAAGGGGACUAUGGAUGAGCAAUUAAAGUUGGAGUCUUUGGCAAAAAAGAGAAAAGUCAACUUGAGUGAGUGUUUGAUGUCAGGUGGUAUCUGUCAGCACUGCUCUGUCGAUCUUGACCCAUCUUUUGAUUCCAGAGUAUCAGCUGAUUUUGUUCGUGAGAUUCCUGGGUCUUGCAGUGUUAGGAUUUCUGCAGUAUGUUGUUCAGCUAGCCAGAACUAGCCUACUCGGGUCCUCACUGUUAAAUAAAACCUUUUAGAAAUGCAUUUAAAUGCAUUUCCUAACAGUUUGGGGGUGAUUUUUCCUAACAUAUAAGCUUCCUACCUAGCUUUGGAGCUGCUGUUGAGAAGUGCUCAGGUUCAAACACUAAGCCAGCUGAAAGUUGGUAGUAAUCUCAUGGCUCAUACUUCUACAGGAGUGGAUACACAGUUUGGUUCCUAAUUCCUGCUGCUGUACAAAAAGGCUAUAGAAUGUGCAAAAAAUCUCCAGCAAAGUACCUUGUUAAUACACAAUACAUUAGUAAGUAUUAGAUAUAACUUUAACAUAACUUUAACUUUAUGAUUUAGGCACUCUGAUUUGCAGGUGGCACAGGUAUGGUGCCACAUCAGUUUAAUUAUUUUGUCUGGACUAUAAUAAAAUAAUGCAAGACUGGUGUUUGACUUGGGCAACUCAUAAUCUACAACAAAAUGUUUCACUGUAUUUUGGUAAAAAAAAACCAAAAGAGGGAGAGAAAGUUCAAGCAUGAACUGGUAACUGAAAUCAUGUAAUGAAUUAUUAGUUUCUAUGUGGGGGUUUUUUUCCACUACAGUACCACAAAACUUCAGGACCAGUACCUAAUUGCUGAGAAAAAUGCAGUGUCUUGGAAAACUACUGUUAUAACCAUUUAUAUCAGUAAUUCUUUCAGGCAUGUAGAAAAAGCAGAGGAAGAAGGGAGUCAGGCACACACAGACUGUGAGAUUACCCACAGGUGACUGGAGAGUUGCUGGAGUUGGAGCCGACCUCUGGAGCCCCAGGCUGAUGAUACCUCUUUUAUCUCAUAAAUUUUGGUCAGGUGAAUGUUUCAAGUUAUUGAAGAAAUUUCCAUUUAACUAUAACUUACAGUGCCUCAUGAUUGGAUUAUUCUCAGGGUAGCUUGUUCUGUUGUUACUAUUAUGGCAUAAUUGGGUCUUUCAGAGAACUUGGGGUCAGUAAGAACAUAAUGUCCACAUCUAAGUUUGGAAAACAUUUUGGUUCUAUGACAUUCAGCAUUUUCAGUCCAAAAGACUGAAAGGAAAUACUACUUCCUGGUACUUUGUUUCUGCUGUCUGUGAUGAACUGUCUUAUAUAAGAGGCUGUAACAGAGAAGCCUUUUUAUAGUUUUACUUCUGAAAUUUUGCACAGCUCCCACUAAUCUGAACAGCUAUUUUUGGAUCAUACUGCUUCACAGUGAGCUUCAAAAAUUCAGUGAAGGGUUUGGGUUUCUGUCUGACCUUUUACAUGUCUAUCAUAAUCUUGAAAUUACUAUGCUAAGGUUUUCCAGUCCUCAUUUAUUUAGAGGAAGAAAGAAGGAAACAGAAUGCUUUUCAGGUGCACCCAGGUUUUACAGUGCUUCCUUUGCCUCAGGAUCCCGUGCUGUAACCAAAACCCCUCCAGUGACUGAUUGUCCUUGGCAAUCUCAGCUGCUGCCAUGGUUUUGUAUCUCACUGUUAAACUUAUAGUCGGUGUUUAAAUGCAUUCUGUGACAUGCUCAUAUUGGGGAUCACUCCACUAAUAGUUCAUGUGCGUAACUGUAGGGAAUGACACUGUUCUUUCUGAGCUCCAUGAUGCUGUUGCUGGGGAAUAAAACUGGGUUCUGGUGCUGAGCCUACUGGUUAAGAA